UGCUAGCUGGUUAAACUCGUCAUCUGUGACGUGUAGCUGACGUCACUUUAUUUGACAAAAACCCGAUGCAAAAACCAGAGAUUCGGCAUUAUUUUUAUUUGUUUAUCUUAUGCUUGCAAUUCAUUCAUUUUGCCACUUUACACGAUUUUAACAUCAACAUUUACUUCUAAUCACACCUUAAAACAAAUACUGAACUCGAUCAUUUAAAUCAGUGAAUCUUUAACAUUAGAUGAGAUUUUAGAAACGUUUUUAAACGGUUUCCUGUAAUGUAAACUGGUUAAGUUAGAGCCGACCUUUUAAAAAUAAAUAUGUGUGUUUGUGCGGAACCAUUGAGCGAACUGCUGUUUUUACACGGACAACGGACCACCAGAAGCAGACAUGGCAACCUGCUCGCGGGCAGCUUGGAAAGCUUUAGCAGGAUGUCGGAGGCAGCUGCUGAGUUCCAGCGCUCCGGGUUAUGCUGCUGCAUCGCAGACCGCACCGAAGAGUUCACCCAUCAGGACUUUUGCUGCGUUUAAGGCGCUAAAGAAACGCAAGUCAGAGGAUGCAAAGAAGGAGGUGAAGAAAGAGUGGAGGGUCAUCGAUGACACAGGCAGACACAAGCCUUAUGGGAAGACGGCGUGGGCUCCCGUAGACGAUGUGUACAUUAAGAAGUUUUAUCCCAGAAGCGUCCACAGUGCAGCUUCUGCCAUCGACAUGCUGAAGAGGUUCCAGGAGUUGGACUUCACUCCGUCCAACCAGCCCGUUUAUGUCAACCUGAAGCUGGACAUGCAACUGGAGAAAAAGAAAAAAGUCGACCCGUUUGUCAGCGUCGUUCACUUACCACACCCCUUCAGGACAGACCCCAACAAAGUUUUAGUUUUCACCGAGGACCCGAAGCAGGCCACAGCUGCCCAGGAGAACGGAGCAACGAUUGUUGGAGGAGCCGAGCUCGUUCAGCUGAUUUUAGACGAUGAGAUUUCGGCUGAUUUUUACGUCGCAACUCCCGAAGUUCUGCCGAAGCUGAUUCUGCUGAAGAACAAACUGAGGAAGAAGUUCCCGAAGAGCAAAAGAGGCACGGUCGGCAACAACGUUCCCAAAAUGCUGGCACUGUUCCGGACGGGUCACGAGUACCUGGUGGUGGACGAGUGCUUCGUACAGACCCAGGUCGCCACGCUCGACCAGCCAGGUCAGCACAUCUUCGCCAACCUGCAGACGAUCCUGACCGACGUUUUUUCGCACCGGCCAGCUCACAUGGGACCCUUCGUGGAGCGAGCGAUCCUCACCAGUAAAACCAGUGAAGCCGUCUGGUUCCACAGCCAAGAUGUUUUACCCAACGUUGCUCAGACGGACAAGGAAUGAAACGCUUGUGUCGCUGUAAAUAAAGCAAAUGCUGAAUAAAGUUUUAGUUCAGGA